GUACAAUCUUAAAAAUGUGCCUUGGGGCUUCUAUGGAGACAAAAUAAUAAGGCAAUGGGCCACACCACGACCGUUGCUGUACUUAUGAUGAAAACAACGUCGUGGAUGGUGUUUAUCAUCUUCCAAUUGGACACUGGAUUGAGGCCACCGGGCACACCAAUGAGAUGAAGCACACAACAGACUUCUAUUUUAAUAUUGCAGGCCACCAAGCCAUGCAUUAUUCAAGAAUUCUACCAAAUAUCUGGCUGGGUAGCUGCCCUCGCCAAGUGGAACACGUAACCAUCAAACUGAAGCAUGAAUUGGGGAUUACAGCUGUAAUGAAUUUCCAGACUGAAUGGGAUAUUGUACAGAAUUCCUCAGGCUGUAAUCGCUACCCAGAACCCAUGACUCCAGACACUAUGAUUAAGCUAUACAAGGAAGAAGGCUUGGUCUACAUCUGGAUGCCAACUCCAGAUAUGAGCACUGAAGGCCGGGUACAGAUGCUGCCCCAGGCGGUCUGUCUCCUGCACGCGCUGCUGGAGAAUGGACACACCGUGUACGUUCACUGCAACGCGGGGGUCGGCCGGUCCACGGUGGCCGUGUGCGGCUGGCUCCACUACGUGUUGGGCUGGAAGCUGAGGAAGGUGCAGUACUUCCUUGUGGCCAAAAGGCCAGCGGUCUACAUUGAUGAAGACGCAUUGGCCCGGGCACAAGAAGAUUUUUUUCAGAAAUUUGGGAAGGUGCGUUCUUCCAUAUGCAGUGUGUAGGUGGCCCAUCUUCCCCCCCCCCCUUCCCGAUUUCCUUUGGAAGCUGGGGUGACAGUAGUACAAUGACCUAGGAACAAAGAUUCCACCUGAAGAGACAGAUCGCUGGCUUCUCCCCCAACCCACCUCCUUUAGUCUGGGGCUGACUUUCUGUUACGCUUUGGUUGAGCUGUAUCGCCUUUGAAAUAUUUUACAAAGGAAGCUGUGACUGACACAUGAGAAAAGCUACAAGCGGCUGGACUGUGCAGUGUUGUUCUAGCGUCAGAUAGAAAGGGAAGGCGUGCAGUUCCUGCUGCCGGCAAGCGGACCAGCCCUUUGCGUGAUAGACACUGCAUCUGUUGUAUUAUGAAGUCAUGACGACACUUGCUGCCUUGUAAUGUGGCAUUCAGACGAAAGAUAUGAUGUUAUGUAGAUUUCAUC